UUUUUGACCAAGGCUCCCCUGGCUGGAUGUCUGGAUCAGUGAAAAGCAGUGAUUUACCUUCUGCUGUGGCCAGUCAGAUUCAUGAAAGACACAAUUAUCAGAGAGAGGACACUCAGCGUUCCUUUGGUCAUAGUGGGCCACCUUCAUUCCUGAAAUACUGUCAGCCACCUUUUCCUGCAGGCCCUCAGACUCAAGCUCAAACUUAUCAGACAAGUCACCCUCAGAGCUCCUCUGGUCAUGGCAGGCCACCUUCAUUAGUGGAACACAAGCAGUUGCCUUUUCCUGCAGUCCCUCAGACUCCAGCUCAAACGUAUCAGACAAGUCACCCUCAGAGCCACCUUCAUUACUGGAACACAAGACAGGCUCUCAGACUCCAGUUAAAAAGUAUAAGACAAGUCACCCUCAGAGUUCCUCUGGCUGCUGGGCUUCAUCAAUGGAAUACAGUAGGUUUCCUUGUACCCUGGCUGGUCAGACUCAUGGAGGACCAAGUUAUCAGAUAUGGCACUAUGAAACAGAGGCUGCAGUUGGAUGCAGGAACAGAUUGAUGAAUUUAAUUAGUUCUUUUUCUCUUUU